UAAUCAUGGAUAAUAUUAAAAGUAUAACAAUGAUAGUAGGUUCUAUCGCUGCAGCUAGUGGAGCUCUCUUGUAUUAUCAGACUUCAAAAGAAGCAAAUGAAGAGGGUCUUGAGAAGCUUAAAAGUAUUUUGCAAGAGCUUAAAGCUGCAUAUAUACCCAUAUAUGUCAGGUCAUACAACAUGUACGUCAAUUCUAUUAGAGAAAUGAAGGAUAAGAAGGAUUCAAAGGAAUUCGUCCAGAAAUGAAUACAAGAACAGAUUGACACAGAAACUUCCAAGAUAGAUGAAGAAGUCUGUAAACAGUUCGAAAUUACAGUGGAAGAGCUUUCCCAGAUGAUUGGGAUGUAUGAAAAGGAUCCUGAUGUGGUAGAAAUGCAGAAUUUGAUAGAAGAAAACACCAAAAGGAUCUUUGAAGAGAAGAGACCUGACUUCAAACUGGAAUACCCUGACAAGAUCACCCCAGAACUAUAUUUUGAGAUCCUUACGACCAUCUUUGAAUAUCUCCGCUAUGAAGUUUACUGAAGACUUAGGUAUAAAAUCAGGGAAAAUAAUGGAAAGUUACUGCCAAAAGAUGAUAUUAUGGCAACUCUCAACAACAUAAAUGUUGAAGAAAUCCGGAAAGAGGUCAUUACACAUUAUGACAUCACCAUUGAUGCUGACAAGGAAGUCGAAGAGGUCCUCAAAAACGUCUAUUAUACUCACCUAUCAGAAGAAGGGUUCGAUGAGCAAGCCACCGAAGUUUACAGGCAUCAUGAAGACAUUUUAAAGAAGAUCCUUUCUUUAGAUCUCGCUAGUAGCUCUGAUCUGAAGGCAUCAAAAUUGGAGAUCCAUCCUUUGACUGGUGAGAAAAGAGAUUACUUCGAUAAGGAAUGGAUCAAGAAAAUCGACAGUGUUCCAGAUGAUGACAAUGAAUAA